AAGGUGGCUCCGCCCAGGCGCCUCAGUCAGCUGCUGUCGCCGCCACCGCUGUCGUCUUCUCGGCCCUCCGGUGCAACCACACUCCGCUCAUUUCGGGCGAAAAGGAGAGACCCGGCGAAGAGAUUUUUGGGUGGAAUGUAAUUAACGAAAGAAGUGUGUCCUAAUAAGUGCCCUGAUGGUGUGUUUAUGGAAAGGGAGUAUGGUGAAGAGUAAGAGAAUCCAAUCCUCCCAUGCAGAAGCAAGUUGCAGCGCUGGAAAUGAGAAGGAAGAAUUUAUGAGCCACAUCAAACAAUGCCCAGAACUGGAAGUUUCUUGGCAGUAAAGCUAUCAUGGACAAAGUGAUCUUCUGGUCUGCUAAUUAUCAGUGAUGGCUCUGAGAGGACUAUGGCUCAUCAGUUAUGAGCAAGAAGUACAAAGCACUGUGCUGUUUUCCAGACGUUACCCCACAGUUGAAAAGCGAGCACAGUUUUUCAAUGGGCCAAGUUAUGUGUCAAUACCAGAAGACGGUCCCUUCCUUAAAGCAUUACUUUUUGAAUUGAGGCUGACAGAUGAAGGUCAACACUUUGUGGAGUGUAGAGAUGGCUGUUCCAGAAUCAACAAGACCUCAGUCUAUACCCUGCAGGUUGAAAGGAAGGAUCUUUGGCCUGUGGUAGCUUUCUGGAAGAGUGGACUGAUUUAUGUUGGCCUCCCUUUAGUUGAACAGUCCCUUAUGCCACGACCACCUCUCUUCAGUAUCAGUGGAAUCUCUCAGGCUUUUGACUUCUUAUCAGGACUCCUGGCUUUUAUGAACUCUAAUCAGAAGAGUGAUGCAGAGAGGAGUGCCAAAGUUGCCCAACUUCCAAGUUUGGUUAUGCAAUCCUGUCCUCUGGGCACUCCAUUAGAUGCAAAUUUAAAUGGUUCAUUGGAAAACAGUCACGUUGCUGUAAGUAGUCACACUCAGAAACCACCAGCUUGGAGAAGCAACACAUACAAGGGAAAACCUCAAGUUAAUAUCUGUAUCAUUGAAAAAGUCAAAUCUGUCCAGUAUGACCAAAGGGAUGUGGCAGACAUGUGGCAAGUUUAUGGAACUAUAACGUGCAAGUGUGAUAUAGAAGGCACUGCUCCCAAUGUGACUGUUGGUUUGAACCUCCCUGCCAAUGGUUCUCCUCUCCAAGAUAUUUUGGUCCACCCAUGUGUAACAUCCCUUGAUUCUGCUAUUCUGACCUCCAGUAGUGUUGAUGCAAUGGACGAUUCAGCUUUCAGUGGACCUUACAAAUUCCCUCUGAUACCGCCUUCAGAUCUCUUUAAUCUGUGCUUUUACACUUCCCAGGUACCAGUUCCACCUAUUUUGGGAUUUUAUCAGUUGAAAGAAGAAGAAUCACAGUGGAAGUUCACAAUUCACUUGAAACUUCACGAAAGUAUGAAAAAUACUUUUGAAUACUGCAAAGCUUAUAUUCCAUUUUUUAAUAGAGGUCCUAUUACUCAGUUGGAAUACAAAAUCAGCUAUGGCCAACUUGAGGUAUCAAAAGAGAAAAGCUUGCUGAUUUGGUUCAUAGGGCAAAAAUUUCCCAAAUCUCUGGAAAUUUCUCUUACUGGGAGUGUUGCUUUUGGUCCAACAAAUCAGGAUCAGCCAGUUGAUGCUGUUUGUACUGGAAAUACUGCAUAUGUUAAACUUUAUUUUAAAAUAUUGGAUUUCACACUUACUGGAUGUUACACAGACCAACAUUCCAUCCAGGUCUUUUCAUCGGGCAAAGCAAAGAUCAGUACAGCUCGUGAGGUACUUUCAUCAGAUUACUACAUCUGGAAUUCCAAAGCCCCAGCACCUGUUAUAUAUAGAACUUUACUUUUCUAAAUUUUCUAUUCGGUUU